CCAAGAAAUGCCAUCUGUUCUUUCCUGUUACCACACCAUUGCCUUUGUAUUUAUUUGUCUUCGUUCCCAACGCAGCACAGCCGCAAACCUAACCUAAACAGACAAAAUCCUAACCUAAAUCCCAUCCCCCAUUCCAUAAAACCCCCAAAUCCAAAACCCUAACAAACAAAAACAGAUUCCAUCCUUAAUUGAUUAAACAAACAACAAAACAAAACUGAAUUCAUUCCAUUUACAACCCUAUUUUAAGUUUUUGAAUUCUCCAUGGACUCCAGGCUCCAAGGCGUCCCAUUGUCAGCAGCUCCGGCGACCCCCAGAGCUCCGUCGUCAGGUAUUAGAGCUCCCCUCACUGUCGAUGAAUCUGAUUUUGAAUAUUCUAGCCGUAGAAACAGCAUUUCUAGUAGCUAUGGAAGUGUUGAAGAUGAUGGUGAUUAUGAUUAUGAUAGGCCUACUGAAAGCCCUAAUUUCGAGUAUCCAUUUCCCAGUAGUAUUGAGCCUCUUGUUAAAGAAGAAAGAUUGAUUAAGGUUGUUACAAAUGUUGAUGACGACGACUCUGAUUCUUCUAGAACAUUCUUAAAUGAGGUAGACGAUAAUGCAGCAUCCAUGGCUGUAACAGAUGAAGAAGUUUCAGUAAGUAAGCCUACGCCAAUUGUUGAUAUAAAACCUUCAUUGGUAGAAAAGUUUCGAAUUCCAAUAGCUAAGAUAUCUGUAGACAGCGAUGAUGACUCCAAGAACAGCUUGGCAUCGGAAAACGACGGAUCGGACGACGACGGAUUAUCCGGCGUUGUCGUUAGAGUUCCGAGCAUCGAAGCUUUGCUGAGAGUUAAUAGCAUUAGCACCCCAAAAGCUCGACCCUCGGCAGAUGCGGAGUUCGUCGAGGAAAUAGAGAAUAGUGAUUAUGAUUUGAAAUCUAAGGAUGAAAUGGAGCAUGUUAUUGUAGAUGACGAACCGAUCGAUGCUGUAAUAUCGUCGGAUACGAUCGAAGUUGAAGAAGCUACACCUCAUUCGACGAUCAUGGAGGAAGAGGAAAAUUCGAAAGUCGAAACAGAGGAUAAAGAAAUUCGGGAGAUCGACGUAAUCGAUGACGUAAAAGAAUGCGCCGAUUUGAUUUAUCGAAAAGCAGAACAGGGUUGUUCCCUGUGUGUGACAGUCGAGCCGGAAGUCACUGAAUUGAGAUGCAGCAGCAGCAAUUUCGGAUCGCCGUCUGAGGACGGAGAACACAAUUCGACGUUUGACGGGGAGAAGACAGAAAUUCUCGAUAAAGACGUAAUCUUUUAUCAAAGGGAGUUUGCCAAUUCGAUUGAUCAAAGAGAAUCGAUUUCCUUUACCGGAACGGCUGAUCUAACGGAACUUGAAGUUACCGAAUCGGGAGCAUCGAUGGAUGAUGCGGACGAGAAGGGAAGUAACAUCGUUUUAGACGAUCGUAUUACCUGCGAUCCGGAAAAUGUAAGAAAGCAAGAUGUUGGAUCCGUCGUGGAAGUCUCAAGUGAAACUUGUCCCGAAAUUUCGAAACUAUCGACUGGUCCAAUAGCUAUGCUCGAUGAUCAGAUUGUCGGGUACUCAAAAGAAGAAAUUUGCGGUAAAUUGGAAGAAACUCUAUCUGAAGCCGAGAAAAAGAAGCUCGAGAAAAUACAGCAUAUACGAGCAAAAUACUUGUGGCUUCUGCGGCAGCUGCGCUGUUCGUCCGACGAUUCUGUAGCUUCCGAUGUUUUACAUCAGCUGAGAUUUGCAGAGGGGACGAUCGCUUCUCAAGAAUCUCAUCUCGAUUCGACUGAAAAAUCGAUCGCGGAACUUGAAAUUUCGAACGAGGAUGAUUCAGAUUGUUCGAUGUGCAUACUGGUUCUUGGAAAAACCGGAGUCGGGAAAAGUUCGACUAUAAAUUCCAUCUUCGGAGAAACGAAAACCGCAGUCGAUGCUUUCGAGCCUGCGACAGGUCAUGUGAAAGAAAUUUUCGGUACGAAAGACGGAGUAAAACUGAAGAUCAUCGACACCCCGGGUCUGAGAAGUUCUCUGAAAGAUGAAUCAGCUAAUCGAAAAGUAUUGUUCUCGAUUAAGAGGCUGAUGCAGAAGUCCCAAUCUGAUGUUAUCCUCCUAUACGUCGAUCGUCUCGACUCGCAGGCGAGCGCCGUAAAUGACCUGCCGAUUCUGAAAUUAAUUUCGGCUUGUCUUGGCUCGUCGAUAUGGCAAAAAUCGAUUCUUGUUUUGACCCAUGCCGAUUCGAUUCCUCCGGAUGGAUCCGACGGGGCGUUUGCUGAUCAGCAAUUGUUUUUUGCUCGACAGCUUAUAGGUCGUUCGGUAGGGGAAUUUCUUUCGAUGGCGCAUGACUACAUUAUUCCGGCAUGUCUAGUUGAAAACCGUCGAUUUGCCGAAAAGAUCGAACAUUGCAAACGGGAGGAAAAUUGGACGUCGCAGCUGCUACUCUUAUGUUACUCGAUGAAGACGUUAUCCGAUCUGAGCUCCGUCGCUGCUAUUCGAAGUCCUGUCGGAAUCGGGAAGAAAUCGACGAAACUAAGCUGCGAUAAAAGGACAACCUAUUUUCGCGAGUACCGUUAUCUUGCGAGUCUACUUAAGAAGAAACAAAUAAACGACAAAACGACGGCUCUCUCGACCGUGGAUUGCCAUUUUGGUGAAUCGUCGUCUCGGCGGGGGGAAACCGAUAUGUCGAUUGCCUUGACCGACGAAAAUGAGGUGAUGGGGAUCAAACUCGGGGACGAAAUUCGAGUCGGGGAUCGGGUAACGGUGACGGGAAAUGCGGGAAUCGUUGACGCAACUUGUGGCGCGAAUGUGGAGCUGUGCUGGGUCGACGAGAAUUAUCUCGCGUCGUCACGUAGAGCCUCUCUGGGGCUGUCGGCUGUGAAGUACAGAGGCGAUCUAAUCUGCGGCUGCGACGUGCAGUCAGAUUUUGCGGUCGGCGGGACGUCGAAGAUGACGAUCGAGGCGAGUUUGGACAGCAGAUUUCAUGGGAAGAUUUCGAUGAAGACGAGGUGUGUGGAUCAGGUUGAGGUUGCUGUAAUGUUUCUGUUUUCGAUUGCGAAAACGGUAUUUGGGAAAGUCUGCUCCCCGUCGAGCAGAAGAUCUUCGCCAUAGCUGCUGCUGUUGUGAAGGUCUUUGUUUGUUGUUUUCUUUUGGCUGGAUUUGGCUUCUUGCAUCAUUUGUAAUUUUGUAUGUAUACAGUAACAGUCAGUCUUCUCUUGCUGUAGUAACACAGUCGCAUACUAAUUUUUGGUU